AGCUAGAGAAGCUGUGGUUCAUACUGCAAGUAUCGUCUAAGUCAACAUGCGGAGAUCUGCUUCUCCUCCUUGACUAGAUGCGCUUCCCGGAGUAGGAAGGUAUUGUUUAUAAUAAUGCGUCUAUCGCCGAUGAUAUUUUUUUUUACAUAUAAAAACUACAUGUCCAUCGUCGCCUCUGUUUGAUACUAUUGUUCUUACAGGACAGAGCAAGUUUUCGGUCCCCUCUUCGCCAUGGAUAAAAUCGUCAAAGUCGGGGCUGUUCAAGCCGAGCCCGUCUGGCUGGAUCUAGAGGGAAGCGUUGAUAAAACGAUUGCUUUGAUCGAGCAGGCUGCUUCUGAUGGAGUUCAAGUGCUGGGCUUUCCUGAAGUAUGGAUUCCAGGGUAUCCCUGGCAUAGGCAAAUGUGGACAUCACCUGUCAUCAACAAUGGAGGCUGGGUCCACGAAUACAUGGCCAACUCUAUGGCUCGUGACUCUCCCCAGAUGAAGCGCAUCCAAGCAGCCGUUAAGAAAGCCGGCAUGGUGGUUGUCCUUGGUUACAGCGAGCGGGAUGGCGCCAGCCUCUACAUGGGCCAGUCGUUCAUAUCGGAGGAGGGCGAGAUCCUCCAUCAUCGUCGCAAGAUCAAGCCAACCCAUGUAGAAAGAACAAUCUGGGGUGAUGGGCAAGCCGAAUCGUUGAAGACAGUAGUCGACACCAAGUUUGGCAAGAUCGGUGCGUUAAAUUGCUGGGAGCAUCUUCAGCCGCUGCUCAGAUACCACGAGUAUGCGCAAGGUGUGCAGAUCCACAUCGCCAGUUGGCCGGCGGAGUUCGAGAUGCCAGACCCGGAAAAGAUCGCCUGGCUCUAUCAUGAGACUGGUGAGGCGAGCUAUCGGGCUAGCCAGUUCAUGGCGAUGGAAGGGUGCACAUUCGUCGCUAUUGCGUCACAGAUCCUUACCGAGAAGAACCUGGAGAAGAACAUGCUCACCGGAAACCCCGUCACAAAAACACCUGGCGGAGGGUUUUCGAUGAUUUUCGGACCAGAUGGAAAACCACUCUGUGAGGCUAUCUCCGAUGGGGAGGAAAAAAUCAUCACAGCAGAAGUCAACUUGAGAGACAUUGACAAGCCGAAAUCUUUCAUAGAUGUCGUCGGCCAUUAUGCAAGGCCUGAUUUACUAAGCCUGUUGGUAAACUCGAGGGUUGCCAAGCAUGUCACCAUCAAUGAAUAGGUUAGAGCUCUGUGACGGGGGUCUAUAGGAUAGGUGGCGCCCGGUUAGAGAUUAGUUAGUCUAACUUUGGACAGUGUUAAACUCAACUACGCAGUUGAAUAGACGGCUGUAUCAUUGAUACGGUCAUGUAACUGGCCUGGCAGCUAGUUCAAUUUACACUGCGCAUCCAGUUUUAAACUUGUUGAAUUGUUCAAUGAUACAAGGUUCGCCUUGAGUCGUUGAGUAUUAAGCCGCUUAUUGAGCACAUCUCAAAAGGGUCUGACUAGUCUAGUGGCAUCUUUAGUAUUCGGCUUGGGCGAUAUAUAUACAAGGGCAUCAAAGAAUUACGUAGUGUUACAGA